AUCGCUGUGGAGAAUGGCUUCGGGGGCGUGCACAGCCAGGAGAAGGCCGAGUGGCUGGGGGGUGCAGUGGAGGAGUAUUUCAUCCGCAACGCUGACUUGGAGCUAGAUGAGGUGGAGGACUUCCUCGGGGAGCUCAUGACCAACGAGUUUGAUACAGUUGUGGAGGAUGGGAGUCUGCCCCAGGUGAGCCAGCAGCUGCAGACCAUGUUUCACCACUUCCAGAGGGGUGAUGGUGCUGCUCUGAGGGAGAUGGCCUCUCACAUCACCCAAAGAAAGUGCAGGGUCACAGCCACUGCACUUAUGACAACCAGAGAAACUGAUGAGGAUGAGGAUGAUGCAGACAGCACGGAGGAGAUGGAGGUCACAGCUACGAACGAUGGGGCAGCUACAGAUGGGGUCUGCCUCCAGCCUGAACCCUCUGGCCCAGACUCCCAAACCAUUAAGGAAGAGGAUAUAGUGGAGGAUGGCUGGACCAUUGUCCGGAGAAAGAAAUGA